AUGACCUCAGCUUCACCAAAGAGAAAGCGAGGCUACCCUCACCCACUGGACACAGACGCGCCUGGACUUCGGCUAUUGAGUGAGAGCGACUUGGAAGAAUAUGAUGAAGGUAGUCCUAGAAGCAAAGUUGCGCGAAAGUUCGAUGACCUUGAAAUUCACGGCGGUCACGAUCAGGGAGACCACGACGCCAGCAGGGAGCAGAACGACCAGGUGAUGGUUCCCGCAAUAUCAUCAGCUGGAGAACUUGAACGAGACAGGAACUUUUCGACACCGAAGAGCGAGGAAAUGUCGGAGAGUUUGACGGGCGUUUCUUCGCAACCUGGGACCACAGUGACGAAGCCGCCAGGGGAGUCUUCCGGCCCCAAAUCUCCUCCGUUGGCAAGUGAGGUAUCCCAUGAGUUUUGGCAAGACUCCGAAAUCACCGGGCAUGAUCCUAGCGACCCAAGCGACGACGGAUAUGGCAUUAAUGGGAUCGGGUUCAAACCUUCAGCAGCAGUUGCUUGGUCAAGAUCGCAACGGCGGAAACAACAACUGUCCGACUACAAGAAUCGCGAAGCUCGAGAAGCAAGACAGCAGAGGAGUGAGAGGAGAAAGCGCGGGUUUGACCAAGACGAUGGUGCGUUAUCCGUCGAGUCCUCGCCUCGCAAGGCAGCGCGGGUUCAUUUCGAAGACGGCUGA